GCGGGAUGUCUCUGACGGCGGAAGAGGCGGGGCCAGCAGCCUGGCGCGUGUGCGAGUUCGCUCGCUCGCUCGCUCGCUCGCGCGCAAGCGGUUUCGUACUCGCCGAGCGACGCGGACGGCGAAAAGUUGACGUGCGCGAGGAAGGCGCGGGGCACGACGAUUGCGGGAGAGAGUGUCCCCCGUCCCGUCCCGUCCCUCCCCCCUCCUCGCAGCAUGUCGCUCCCCGGUUCCCCCUCGCUCGUCCCGGCGAGCUCGGGUCCCCCGGCCCCGGCCCCGGCCGCCCUCUACCGCUCCCCUCCCGAGACGCGCCACACUUCGGCGGCCCCGGGCGGAACCUGCAGCCCGGCGCACGGCAUCUCCAACCCCCGGCCGCCGUCCCCGCGGCUCGGCGGCGGCUUCCUGGCCGCACCGGGAGCCGCGCUGCUGUCCGGGCUCGGCGGGCUGAGCUCGCUGGCCGCCUUGAGCUCCUCCUCCGGGCCGGGACCGGGACCGGGGCCGGGGCCGUGCGGCGAGUGCAAGCUGGUGGAAGUGCACGGCGUCAAGGUGGCCAGCUUCAGCGUGCACGGCCAGGAGCUCAUCUGCCUGCCGCAGGUUUUCGACCUCUUCCUCAAGCACCUGGUGGGCGGCCUGCACACGGUCUACACGAAGCUCAAGAGGCUGGACAUCACGCCGGUGGUGUGCACCGUGGAGCAGGUGCGCGUGCUGCGGGGGCUCGGCGCCAUCCAACCCGGCGUCAACCGCUGCAAGCUCAUCUCCAGGAAGGACUUUGAGGUCCUGUACCAGGACUGCACCAGCGCCAGCUCACGCCCAGGUCGUCCUCCCAAGCGUUGUUCUUCCGGCGCCGGCGUCCAGGAAAGCCCGAGGCCGCUUCACCCGGCCCUGCCCGGCCUGCUGUCCCCCGCCCUGCUGUCUCACACCGGCCUGACGGCGGCCGCCAUCGCCGAGCUCCAGAAGCUGCACAAGAUGAAGAUGAUGAUGAGUCUGCAGAACGGAAACGAGUCGGACAACGACGACCAACACUCCAACGCGGGAGGAAGUGAGUGCUCCUGGGACAAGGAGGGCCUGAGCAGCCCCCCAGCCGGAGCCCAGAGUGGAGGAGGAGGAGGAGGAGGGCGGGGCCCAUCUUUGGGAGCCGUCAGUCAACAGCAGCAGCAGCGGCGGCUGCUCGCCAACAGAGGACUGGAGCUGCCCUUCAUGAUGAUGCCUCACCCGCUACUGCCCAUCGGCUUGCCGCCCGCCUCCGUGGCCAUGGCCGUGUCGCAGAUGAACCACCUCAGCACUAUCGCCAACAUGGCCGCCGCGGCUCAGCAGAUCCACGCGCACCGGGCGCCCGUCAUCAAGGAGCGGGUGUGCGACAGUCCCUCUCUGUCGCCCUCUGCGGAUGAGACCAACACUCCUCUGCAGUCGCAGCCCAGCAGCUCGGCCUCCAGCUCGCCAGAAAGGCUCGGCCUGCGCUUGGCCGACGCGGAGGGGCUGGCCGACGCCCCGACGCCCGUCAAGAAAAUCGCAAAGGACAAAGAAGAAGAACCGACGCUGGAACAAGCCCUGCCCCCCGGCUUCCCCGGCCCCUUCCUAUUCGCCGACAGCCUGUCAUCCGUGGAGACGCUUCUCACCAACAUCCAGGGCCUCCUGAAGGUGGCGGUGGAGAACGCCCGCAUGCAGGACAAGCAGAUCCAGGCGGAGAAGAGGGAGCUGAAGAUGGAGCUGUACCGGGAACGAGAAAUGAGAGAGAGCCUGGAGCGCCAGCUGACCUCUGAACUGCAGAGCAGAGUGUCCAUCCAGAAACGCCUGAAGAAGGAGAAGAAGGCCAAGAGGAAGCUGCAGGAGGCGCUGGAGUUCGAGUCCAAGCGGAGGGAGACGGGGGAGGUCGCCCUGAAACACUCGUCCUCGUCCUCCCCCGAGCCGCCGCACGUCGAGGCCGCCGCCGCUGCCGAAUCUCAGGCUUUCCUGAAGACCACCAUCAUGUUCUAGAGGCCUGGAGCCUCCCCCCCCCGUGUCCUCCCCAGGCGGAAUGCAACUGCCAUCAAACACGACGUCUCAGCCGUCACAUCGUCUUCAUCCUCAAACAAGUCGCGAGAAUUGAUUCCUCUCCCGCGAGUCGCUUUUGUUCCCGUGCAAAGCGACCCGGGAGGGCGGCCGCGGAGGCCGAGCGGACCAGAAGCGGGAUGACCUUGUUUGCCGGAACUUGAGCCCGCUCGGAUUGGAUGACAAUCAGCAGUGGCGCAGGAGGGAGAUGCUGUUUAAAAAAAAAAAACAAACAAACAAAAAAAAAAAAAAGAAAGAAAGAAAGAAAAGCCCCAAGAGGUGAGCGAUGGACGGCAGAGGACGAGCAGCGCCGCGAUGAGGAGGGAUGUUCAAGAGAUGAUGGAGGGAUGAAGAGGUGACGGCGCGAAAGAUAUAUGUACCCGUUUCUUGAGGUCGGACACUUCGGCCGACGUCUCAUUCCACAGCUCGUACGGGAUGUCCAUGACCACGUUGACGCCUUUAUUGACCAGGCCGUGAAGGGUGGAGAAGGUCUC